AUGCAGCAGAGCUAUGAGUCUUGGCAUGCUUAUACUAAUGGGGACUACAUCUUGAAUGGUCCGGACGGGCCCAUAACGCCUGCAGAUUGGGAUGAAAAAGUCCUUCCUGGAUGCACGGUUGAGCUCAAACUUACUGGACCCGAGACCACUGGACGAAUGUCGAGGCCUCGCUCUCGCCAUAGAGACUCAAGGCCUUUCCCCGAUGACGAGAAUUCCGUCAGCACUGCAGUCCAGCCAUUUUCAUUCACGCCAAUGCCUCUGGAAAGAAUCGACACAUCCUAUCAGAUAGAGCAUUCAGGGAUUUCUUCAUAUAGCGCCUUGGCCCGGGAUGCAGACUCUCAGACUCCUCGCGAGUCCAACGAAUCUGUUAGUGAUCAAAAUAUCGAGGAUGUUGUGGGUGGGCCCAAUUUGACGACGAGCGCAUUGCAGCCUGAGCCCUCGUCGCAGAUGGCUCUGGUUCUCUGGAGACAUUCUCCUCUUAAUUCGGAUACAAGCAUCCACACAGCAACUGGCGAACAAUUUGGCGGAGUUUCAAGCCUAUCUCGAAGAUCCACUGGCCCCCAGAGCUUUGUUGAGGAUUUCGAUGAGGAUACUGUUGAGGAUAGUAUCCCUACCGAGAGACCCUCUCCCGAAGACUUUGCAGAUCAUUUGUCUCCUGUUGGAAGAACCUCAAGCGAUUCUCGGGAUUCAUCUUCGACGACUCGCUCGGAUGAGUCCUCGUCGGGCUCGACUGAGUCUAUCAGGCGGGACUCAUCAUCACAACUAGCAAGCCCAGAGGAGCCUGCAGCAGACGCACAGCCAGAUAAUGGAACAGACACAACACCAAUGUGUCCGAUCUUUGCCUGGAAAGUUGCAGCAAGCGAUGAUCUACCACCUACCCUGAUGGAGAAUAGUGCGUCAAUGUUUGGGUACAAAGGUACAGAUAGAACUAUUCGCGCGAUAUUGGAAGAGCGAGAGGCAGAGGCAACACUGUAUCUCCUGAAGCAUGAGCGAGAAAAGGACUUUUUCGACUCACUUUCUGGGUGUUCGAGAGAAGUCCUUGCCGAGAUGAAAGUCGCUGGCACUCCUCUAGACCGGUCUUCAGCGAUUGAAAGAUCUGCCAGGAAAAAGUCCACGCGGAAAAAGCUAACGGUGAUCACCAACGCGAUUGAGAUUCUGGAUGCGUUCGUACCUGUGCAGUAUCAUAAUAUCGAUCAAUAUUGGUUGAUCGAGAAAUUUUACGGCGCAUUGAUAGCAAUGACUUCCAGCUACUCCAGCGAUGCCUAUCUCGACAGAAUUGGCGAUCGUAUGUCCUCUUUCCUCAAACACAUCAGGCAAAUUCACGCUCGGGUCUCAGGCGGGGUUAAUGAGCAAUCCCGGACCUUCUACCUUCCCAAAGCCUUGGUCGAUGCCUUCAACCCCAUCAUAAUAUACGUCUGCAUUUGCAGUCAGGUGUCGGAUGAGUUUUCACCAGAAUGGGGUCUUCUCCAACGCCACGCGAGAAAAGUCCUGAAAUCUCUUCAAACUGCCGAAUAUCAGCUCAUCUCCAUGAUCCAUGCUGGCGACUUCAGCGAAGCCAAAGUUUUCCGGCGCGUCAAUGCCCAGGACAUCGUGACCAUGGUCACGGAGCGCCUGGUGCGGAUACCGAAUGAGAAUCCGAACGGGAUAUCCUCGUCAGAUGGGUUCAAUCUCCUGCAGAUCUAUCGACAGUACAUCCUGGGCCUGGAACUACAAGCUCGCACAUCUCCAAACGCUGAAAUCUUUGACGAAAUACAACGACUCCGAGAAGAGCUGGAUAUUGUCCACACCGUACUGGACCAGCAGCUAGAGGUUCUUGACAAGCUUCGUACGGUGUGGACCAGUCUCAGACAUUCCAGUAACCAAGUCAGCCUGCAAAGCAUCCUCCAAAGCCGCAGGCUGAUCACAAAAAUGAAACGUGAUUUGGAUGAGCUCGAGGAUAUGGCCGGCAAGACAUCUAUGCUGCUACGGUCCAUGAUCGAAGUGCGUAAAGAGUCGAAUAGCAAAGCAAUCGCCAUCUUCACGAUUGUGACGGUCAUCUUUCUGCCUCUGUCCUUCGUGACAUCCUACCUCGGCAUGAAUAGCGUCGACAUCCGAGACGGCACAUUCAACCAGAGCUUGUUCUGGAUGGUGGCCCUUCCUAGCGCUGCUGUUCUCGUCUUCACAUUGUGGAUUGUUCUUAAAUUCAGGCAAAGUCUGAGGAGAUGGUGGCCUCGUCGAAGACUGCGGGGAUCACUGCGGAUGAUUGCAUUUUGGUUCUACCGAGCCACGACCACGGUGCCCAGUGGUUCCGCAUCGAGUCGGACAACGAGGGAAACUGAUUAG